CAUUGUACACUCCGUCGGGCACUCCUUGGUUAUGACUUCCGCUCAAGCAAAAGGAGAUUUUGAAGAGACUAGCAGAAAAAUGCUGUUAUUUUGACACGUUAAUUCUUUUGUAGAAUGUGGUAGUCGUUUGCAGCUGGUUUGAGGAAGCGUUUUGAAAUGUUACUAUGGCAACUGAAAGGUCCUCCGCUUUAGCAGCCCUGCUCAGGCGAUGUGGGAGGCGAUGCUGAGGGUUAGCUGAAACCUUAUGAUAUUAAUUUGCCACGGUUGGGGUUUAUAUUGUUACAGCAGACAGUUAAGUGUCCAAUAACGUUUUCAGUGAUGGAAGAAGUUGAUAGGAUUUUAAUUCACUCUCUACGACAAGCUGGCACAGACAUUGAUGAGGAUGUCCAUAGUGUGAAGCAGUUCACCAGUGAGAUGAUUGUGGAGGCAGUGGUUAGAUGCCUGCGUGUGAUCGACCCUGUCAUAGGCAAUGGCUUAUCUCACUUGCUGCCCCCAGGAAUGUCCGCUCGCUUUAGACUGGGCAUGAGUCUGGCACAAGCUUGUCAGGAUGUGGGCUUUAAAGGAGAGAUCGGCUACCAGACUUUUCUGUACAGUAAUGAACCAGAGAUCCGCUCUCUGUUCAUGUUUUUGGUGGAGAAGCUGCCCAGAGAAAGCGCAGAAGCUUCGGACCAACCUGCAGGAAAAUCUGCAAUGUUGCAGAGAGCGAUUGCUGCUCAAAUUAAAGCUCAGUUGUCAGUGCCUUGGCUCCCUCCAUCCUGUAGACUCCCCAUUCAUCGUAAAACACAGAGUUCCGGGCCGUCUCACCAUUUUCACGCCCACCGGUUGAGUCUCCCAUACUCAGUUAAAGUCUCUUCCAGGAAACAGCCAAAAGAGGUGCAAGAGUACUGGAAGAAAUAUUUGCUGCCUGUGACCUCCCAGCCUUCCCAGCAUGCCUCAGUGCCAGCUUCCAUCCUGGAGAACCACAUCUCGGAACUUAGUGCCGCACAGGAGUGGGAGAGUGAAUGGAACAGCCAAGGCCUCCUGUCGAGACUGACUCCUGAGGAUUACCGAGCCAGGAAGAAAGCCCGACUGCAGAAGCGCAUUGAGGAGCAACUGAGAGCGGCAGCUCAGCCUCGACAUGACACGCAAGGAACAACACGCUCGACCUCUGACCUCACUGAGCUGCUGCAGUCAUUUGCUGGUGCCUCCACUGGGGGAGAUGUGCUCACCAAGGGCACGCGCUUCACCCAUACAGAGAAGUUCACAUUUACACAGGAACCUGAAAAAGCAGCCCAGCAGAUGGCGGCAGCAGCAAGUGUACUUCCCAGCUCUCACCAAUCAGAGGAGGACCUGAAGGCCCUACAGGAAGCAGAAGUUACUGCUUUACAGCAACAGAUGCAGCAACUGUCAGUCCAAAUGGAAGAAGUGGGCGGAGACAUUAAACAACUCACUGUGUCCAUCCAGCAGGUGUCAGAUGAGCUGAAUCAAAGGGAGGUGAGUAAUGAAGAGAAGGAGAACUUGGUCAAGGUGAAGAGACAGACUGUUGACCUCCUACCUGAUGCUGAAAACAACAUGCUCAAAUUACAGAGUCUGGUUGAGGCCAGCUCUAAGCGCGUGGUUCAUUUGGCUUCUCAAUGGGAGAAACACAGAGUUCCUUUGAUAGAUGAGCACCGCAGACUGAAGGAGCUGUGCAGCAACAGAGAGUCUGAGUCGUCUAGGAAGCUGACAGAGAUUAAAGAUCUUCAUGAAAAAAUCAGACAGUCUGCCGAAGAAGCCAAAAAGAAGGAGAGUCUCUACAAGCAGCUGCUGACUGAGUAUGAAACACUGUCUAAAGAUGUGUCUCGCUCAGCAUACACCAUGAGGAUCUUGGAGAUCGUAGGCAACAUAAAGAAACAAAAGGAAGAAAUCACUAAGAUUUUGUCAGACACUAAGGAGUUGCAGAAAGAGAUCAAUGGCCUGACUGGAAAACUGGACCGAACAUUUGCUGUCACAGAUGAGCUUGUGUUUAAGGAUGCCAAAAAAGAUGAAUCGGUCCGCAAAUCCUACAAAUACUUGGCUGCCUUACACGAGAACUGCACUCAGCUGAUUCAAACUAUUGAGGACACGGGGACCAUCAUGAGAGAAAUCAGAGAUCUUGAGGAGCAGAUAGAGACUGAGAAUGGCAAAAGGACAGUUAGUAAUCUAGAGAAGAUCCUUGAUGACUAUAAGGCCAUUCGUCAGGAAAAUUCUGCCCUCGCUGCAAAGAUCCGGGAAGGAUGAGCUGUUGCUCGGUGUACGCUUUCUGGUACUGCAGAAUAAAACCCGUGUGCUGAAAUGAGUGCUGCUGUUAGAGACUCUGGUUUCACUUCUGCCUGCAUUGCCCUCCAUAAGUCCAUCCAAAAUAAUCCUCAUUACAUCAGCAACUUUCAGCUCUCACUGGGGAUUUGAACACAUGACUGUUUUUUGCAUCAAAAUAAUUCAAAUUCUAAGAGACGUUCAUUAAAUCUAAUUUUGAUCAUCGUGAUGAAUUUUUUUUUGUUUUGUUUUGUAAAACCAGAAGCUUGGACUGCGAUCAUUUGCAGUUAUUCUUCUGGAUAAAACAUUGUCUUUGUUAAAACAGUGAUUACAUUUAUAAUGUAUAUGAAAGUGUCCGUUAACAAUGACCUUUGAUUGUUAUUAAUCACGAGUUCAAUUCAUUGAAUUUAACAUUUUCAGCAGAUCGAGCUUGGAAAAUAAUGGGCUAAGUAACAAGUCUGAAACACUUUAAAUAAAACGGUUUGCUUGUUUCAUAUUAAAACACAAAUUUGACAACUACUUUGUUUGUUUGGCCCUGAUAUAAAUGUAAAAAAACCUCACACAAAGUAAUAUUGUCAUGAUUGAAUGGUUAGUCAUUACCUCUGAUUAGUAGCCUACUUAGUUUAGUUGACUAACACUGAUUGUUCCAAUCAAGCUCUUUUUCAAUUUGAAAUGUUUGAUUUUAGAGAUAAUACUGAAUUUGUUUUGUACUUCAUGUAUUGUAUACAUAUCUGUUCAAUCUCUAAACAUGAUGUUCUGAUA